UGAUUUGAUUUGAUACUUUUGACAGUUUGAUAAUAACAAGAUUAACAAGCACCGCUUCAAAGUCAGCUCUCGCGCCUAGGAUUUGGCAUUUGCCUUAGUUUAUGUUUUUGGCGCAAUAUAUUAUAUUAAGCCGUAAUAUUAAGUCUUCAGAAAAAUGGAUUCGGAAAUGUCGGACCCAGUAGAGGCGGAUACAGAUGGAUCUAUUUGCAGUAUUCACGUACGCAAUUUCUUUUGCCACGACAAUUUACAGAUUGAUUUGAACAAGAACGUCAAUUUCGUCGUUGGGCGUAACGGCAGCGGUAAAAGCGCAAUUCUGACUGCUUUAGUCGUCGGUUUGGGAGGCAGGGCCUCUGCGACGAACAGGGGAAACAAUUUACAUUCCUUCAUCAAGAAAGGUGCCAACUCGGCAUCAGUGGAGAUCAAGAUCCGGAACAGCAGUGAGCAGGCAUACAAGCAUGAUGUGUAUGGAGACUACAUCACUGUUGAGAGGCACCUCAACGCCUCUGGGGGCUCCAGCUACAAGGUUAAGAAUGCUGCAGGUAAAGUGAUAUCAACAAAAUUCGAUGAAGUGAACAACAUAAUCACAGCACACGACAUCCAAGUGGACAACCCAAUAUCUGUGCUUAACCAAGAUGACGCGCGCGGGUUCCACGCGGCGGACGCCAAACGGAAAUUUACGCUGUUCAGGAAGGCGACGAAUUUGGAUCGGACGGAGGCGAAUUACUUGUCGGCAUUGGACAGCUGCAAGAUGGCGAAGAAUAUAUGGACCAGGAAAUCCGAGGCUAUAGAAGACGUUAAAAAAGAAAAAAUCAAGCUAAAAGCGAUGCACGACAGACUUCAGUCCCGAAGCGAAAUUAUCGCCCAAGAAAAAGCGCUAGAAAACGAGUACUAUUGGAGCGAGAUAGCGCAGUUAGAGCGAGACGUCCGCGGCAUAGAGACGAAGAGACAAAAGCAGCAGGAUAAGAUAGUGAAGCUGGAAGAGAAGUUGAAAAGUUUGGAUGCGAGCUGCGGGGGGAAGAAUGGUGUCAUAGACACUCUAAAAACCCAAUUCGAAGAGCAAAACAACCAACGCACCCUCUUAGAGGAGCAGCUUAAAGACCUCGAGGGCCAAGUGCGAGCGGCGCAGACCGCGUUACGAAACUUCCAGAACACCGGCAACAAGCAUUCCGACCAGAUCAGGAGAGAAAAACGGAAGGCCACGGCAUUGGAGCUCGAGAUCAAGAAUAUCAACGACGGCGACUCGCAAUCCCAACGCUCCUCCCUAGAAAAAGCUGCCGCAUCAGCAAAAAAAGCGCUCGACGCGGUUCGAGCGCGAUACAGCACCGCGCAGCACGAGUUCAACCAAGCGCAGCAGAACAGCGCCCAUUGUGUCGGCCAGUGGGAGCGAGCGAGGCAGGCCACGCAGCGGGCACGGAGCGAGCUGAGUAUGUCUGGUAGAGCGGGACAGCACGAGUUCAACCAAGCGCAGCAGAACAGCGCCCAUUGUGCCGGCCAGUGGGAGCGAGCGAGGCAGGCCACGCAGCGGGCACGGAGCGAGCUGAUAAAACUCCAGCAAGAACAGCGUUCCCUUCAGUCCCGAGGCAACGACGAGCUCGGUGUGUAUGGCGAAGAAAUGGUUGCACUGUGCAAAGCCGUCGAGCAAGCGCACCAGAGAGGACAGUUCACCAAGAAACCCAUCGGACCUGUUGGGGCUCACCUGAAAGUACGUGAGAAGAAGUGGGGCGGCGCCUUAGAGCACGUGCUGGGCGGCGCCCUCAAGAGCUUCCUCGUCAACGACGACAAGGACAGGAUCCUGCUGUUCAACCUGAUGAACAAGAUAUACGGCAAAAGGAGCAAGCCAAGCGUGACCUGCAGCAAGUUCCUAUCCUGCCAGCACGACGUGUCCCGCCACGUGGCGCGCGCGCGGCCGCACGUGUCGGCGCUGGACUCGCUGGUGCUCGGCGACCCGGUCGUCGCCAACUUCCUGAUCGACAGCGUCGGGGUGGAAAGGAUCCUCAUGGUACCGGAGCACGCGGACGCCCAACGCCUAUCCGACCGCGUCGAGAACGUCCCCACAAACUGUGCCCGCAUAGUAACACUGGACGCCACCGAAUACUUCCCGGCGCCGCGCUACCGCAGCUACGGCGGCUCCAACCGGCGCGCCUGCUACCUCGCCGUCUCCAACACGGAGCGGAACAGCUACGGCGGCUCCAACCGGCGCGCCUGCUACCUCGCCGUCUCCAACACGGAGCGGAACAGCUACGGCGGCUCCAACUGGCGCGCCUGCUACCUCGCCGUCUCCAACACGGAGCGGAACCAGGUAGCCCACACAGACUGUAACUACUGCAGCUACGGCGGCUCCAACCGGCGCGCCUGCUACCUCGCCGUCUCCAACACGGAGCGGAACAGCUACGGCGGCUCCAACUGGCGCGCCUGCUACCUCGCCGUCUCCAACACGGAGCGGAACCAGGUAGCCCACACAGACUGUAACUACUGCAGCUACGGCGGCUCCAACCGGCGCGCCUGCUACCUCGCCGUCUCCAACACGGAGCGGAACAGCUACGGCGGCUCCAACUGGCGCGCCUGCUACCUCGCCGUCUCCAACACGGAGCGGAACCAGGUAGCCCACACAGACUGUAACUACCUGCAGCUACGGCGGCUCCAACCGGCGCGCCUGCUACCUCGCCGUCUCCAACACGGAGCGGAACAGGUAGCCCACACAGACUGUAACUACCGCAGCUACGGCGGCUCCAACCGGCGCGCCUGCUACCUCGCCGUCUCCAACACGGAGCGGAACCAGGUAGCCCACACAGACUGUAACUACCGCAGCUACGGCGGCUCCAACCGGCGCGCCUGCUACCUCGCCGUCUCCAACACGGAGCGGAACAGACUACCGCAGCUACGGCGGCUCCAACCGGCGCGCCUGCUACCUCGCCGUCUCCAACACGGAGCGGAACAGGUAGCCCACACAGACUGUAACUACCGCAGCUACGGCGGCUCCAACCGGCGCGCCUGCUACCUCGCCGUCUCCAACACGGAGCGGAACAGGCAACUGCUAGAAGACAUCAAGGAGGCGCAAGCACAACUGAGAGAGCUUGAGGCUGAAGAGCAGGAGUUGGAUGCCACCUUGAAAGAGGCCAAGCAGUUGGAGCACGUAGCUUCCAGAGAUCUGCAGAAACUUCUAAGCGAGCAACACAGCAGGGAGCGCGAGGAGCGCGAGGCGCGCGCCGCGCUGGAGCAGCAGCAGGCGCCGCACCAGGCCGCCGUGCUCGUGGAAGAGCUGACCCAAUCCCAGGCCAUACUGGAACGACUCAACGGCCAAGUCGAAGAGUGGACGCAGAAGGAGCGAGAACAGAAGAGGAGAAUAGACGAGCUGGAACGGCAGAUGAAGGAGGUCAAGAAACAGUUUGGCGAGGUGCAGAGGACUUGCGGGAACCUGGAGGAAGAGAUAGAACAAGAACACCUAAAACAAGAGCGAGGGGUGGCAGAGCGUCAGACCGUCCAACGGCGGCUCAAGGAAGAUCGCGCUACGCUGCAACAGAUGGAGGCAACCCUGGAGGAGAGACAGGACGUUGUGAGGAGAAAGAUCACCGAAGCGGAGAUGCUAUGCCCGCGCGUUGACAACCCUAGGGACACGAAAACAGUGCAAGAGGAGAUAGCAAAAACCAAAUCGAAGCUGAACGCCAUCCGCACCGACGGACGGAGCAAGGCCGAGGUGGCGGAGGAACUGCUCAGGGUCUCCACCAAGUACAACGACACCAAGAGCAAGCUGGACCGCAUACAGGCCCUCGUGGACCAGGUACUGUUCCCUCUCCCUCACACACCGACGGACGGAGCAAGGCCGAGGUGGCGGAGGAACUGCUCAGGGUCUCCACCAAGUACAACGACACCAAGAGCAAGCUGGACCGCAUACAGGCCCUCGUGGACCAGGUACUGUUCCCUCUCCCUCACACACCGACGGACGGAGCAAGGCCGAGGUGGCGGAGGAACUGCUCAGGGUCUCCACCAAGUACAACGACACCAAGAGCAAGCUGGACCGCAUACAGGCCCUCGUGGACCAGGUACUGUUCCCUCUCCCUCACACACCGACGGACGGAGCAAGGCCGAGGUGGCGGAGGAACUGCUCAGGGUCUCCACCAAGUACAACGACACCAAGAGCAAGCUGGACCGCAUACAGGCCCUCGUGGACCAGGUACUGUUCCCUCUCCCUCACACACCGACGGACGGAGCAAGGCCGAGGUGGCGGAGGAACUGCUCAGGGUCUCCACCAAGUACAACGACACCAAGAGCAAGCUGGACCGCAUACAGGCCCUCGUGGACCAGGUACUGUUCCCUCUCCCUCACACACCGACGGACGGAGCAAGGCCGAGGUGGCGGAGGAACUGCUCAGGGUCUCCACCAAGUACAACGACACCAAGAGCAAGCUGGACCGCAUACAGGCCCUCGUGGACCAGGUACUGUUCCCUCUCCCUCACACACCGACGGACGGAGCAAGGCCGAGGUGGCGGAGGAACUGCUCAGGGUCUCCACCAAGUACAACGACACCAAGAGCAAGCUGGACCGCAUACAGGCCCUCGUGGACCAGGUACUGUUCCCUCUCCCUCACACACCGACGGACGGAGCAAGGCCGAGGUGGCGGAGGAACUGCUCAGGGUCUCCACCAAGUACAACGACACCAAGAGCAAGCUGGACCGCAUACAGGCCCUCGUGGACCAGGUACUGUUCCCUCUCCCUCACACACCGACGGACGGAGCAAGGCCGAGGUGGCGGAGGAACUGCUCAGGGUCUCCACCAAGUACAACGACACCAAGAGCAAGCUGGACCGCAUACAGGCCCUCGUGGACCAGGUACUGUUCCCUCUCCCUCACACACCGACGGACGGAGCAAGGCCGAGGUGGCGGAGGAACUGCUCAGGGUCUCCACCAAGUACAACGACACCAAGAGCAAGCUGGACCGCAUACAGGCCCUCGUGGACCAGGUACUGUUCCCUCUCCCUCACACACCGACGGACGGAGCAAGGCCGAGGUGGCGGAGGAACUGCUCAGGGUCUCCACCAAGUACAACGACACCAAGAGCAAGCUGGACCGCAUACAGGCCCUCGUGGACCAGGUACUGUUCCCUCUCCCUCACACACCGACGGACGGAGCAAGGCCGAGGUGGCGGAGGAACUGCUCAGGGUCUCCACCAAGUACAACGACACCAAGAGCAAGCUGGACCGCAUACAGGCCCUCGUGGACCAGGUACUGUUCCCUCUCCCUCACACACCGACGGACGGAGCAAGGCCGAGGUGGCGGAGGAACUGCUCAGGGUCUCCACCAAGUACAACGACACCAAGAGCAAGCUGGACCGCAUACAGGCCCUCGUGGACCAGGUACUGUUCCCUCUCCCUCACACACCGACGGACGGAGCAAGGCCGAGGUGGCGGAGGAACUGCUCAGGGUCUCCACCAAGUACAACGACACCAAGAGCAAGCUGGACCGCAUACAGGCCCUCGUGGACCAGGUACUGUUCCCUCUCCCUCACACACCGACGGACGGAGCAAGGCCGAGGUGGCGGAGGAACUGCUCAGGGUCUCCACCAAGUACAACGACACCAAGAGCAAGCUGGACCGCAUACAGGCCCUCGUGGACCAGGUACUGUUCCCUCUCCCUCACACACCGACGGACGGAGCAAGGCCGAGGUGGCGGAGGAACUGCUCAGGGUCUCCACCAAGUACAACGACACCAAGAGCAAGCUGGACCGCAUACAGGCCCUCGUGGACCAGGUACUGUUCCCUCUCCCUCACACACCGACGGACGGAGCAAGGCCGAGGUGGCGGAGGAACUGCUCAGGGUCUCCACCAAGUACAACGACACCAAGAGCAAGCUGGACCGCAUACAGGCCCUCGUGGACCAGGUACUGUUCCCUCUCCCUCACACACCGACGGACGGAGCAAGGCCGAGGUGGCGGAGGAACUGCUCAGGGUCUCCACCAAGUACAACGACACCAAGAGCAAGCUGGACCGCAUACAGGCCCUCGUGGACCAGGUACUGUUCCCUCUCCCUCACACACCGACGGACGGAGCAAGGCCGAGGUGGCGGAGGAACUGCUCAGGGUCUCCACCAAGUACAACGACACCAAGAGCAAGCUGGACCGCAUACAGGCCCUCGUGGACCAAUGCACGAAAUCAACGGAGAAGCACCGACACAAGAGCUACCAGCUGCAGGUGUGCAUCGCGCGGCGAGUGCAGUUCGACUUCAACGCCAUGCUCAGCGUCAACGGCUACUCGGGCAACAUGAACAUCGACUUCCCCAACGCCGUCCUGGAGAUGACGUGCACGGGCCGCGAGAGCGCGCGCCGCGCCGCCAGCACGGCCUCGCUGUCCGGCGGCGAGCGCUCCUACAGCACCGUGGCCUUCGUCAUGGCCCUGUGGGCGUGCGUGGAGCUGCCUUUCUACUUCCUAGACGAGUUCGACGUCUUUAUGGACAACGUGAACCGCCAGCGGGUGAUGAACAUCCUGCUGGACCACGCGCUGAAGAACCCCUCGCGGCAGUUCGUGUUCCUCACGCCGCAGGACGCCUCGUCCGUCAAGGCGGGCCCGCAGAUCAGCAUCCAUGUGAUGGCGGACCCGAGACCGUAAUAGUUGUCAUAGUUAACCUCUUGAACGCCAGACAGCGAAGGAAUUUGCCGUGCCCCGGACGCAGGCGAUCACGAUUAUUUAAACGAAAUUGAACUUUACGGAGUCGCGCGUUAGUCCCUAUUGCAUUGGCGAAACUGUCGGCUGUAGCCGUCGUUGGCGUUCUUGGCAAGUAUUUCAGAUGUCGGCCAUAGCCGACGGUGGCGGUCAAAAGGUUAAUAGUUUAAGAAUUUAAUGUUUAUGCUCGAGUUGAUUAAUGUUGUGUUGAAUUUGAAUGUUGUUUUAAAUAUCUACGUGUUAAACACGCUGUUAAAAUACGGAAAGAAGGUUGAGCCUGUCAAAUAGACGGUACUAUUUUUACACACUUCCAUGAAAAUCGACUUUAAACCAAAAAUUGGCAAAUAACGUGGAAGGCAUACGAUCAAUAGUGCGAUCGUUUAUUUGAGAAAAAAAUGCAAAUAUGCGGUAAAGGAGUUUAUGGUUCGUGUCCCGUUGCCAAUUGGAAGGUUAGUUAUAUUUUUUACACGUUUGCACGUUUUUCUAGUGUAUAAAGGCCGAUUUACAUGGUACGAGUUACUUGUACGGUUUUGGGAGAUGAAUGCCAUUUUACGAGAAGAGCAUUGUUUUUAGUACAUAGUGUAGUAAUUGUGUUCAGUCUGAUUGUUGCAUUGAAUUUGAUAUUAUAAUUUUUAUUAUGUGACAAA